UUUUAGUGGCCCGUUUGAUCUGACUCCAUUUUGAUCGUAUAAAUGUUUGUUACCGCCUAUUCUCGUACAUAAUCGUCGACUUAAAUCGCGUUAUCCAAUAACGGAAUUAAAUAAGUGGAAUAACGAGAAUUGAUUUGAGAAUACAUAUAUUUCGUACAUGAAGUGAAUGAAGCACAGCAAAGCAAAAAUGACACGUAUGGAAGAUGGCUGGGAAGCCAACUCCCAUUUAGUCAAGCGUUACUUAAUAUUUAUAGUCAGACAAAAAUAAACUACAAACACGUGAUGAGUCAUGGGAAAUGAAGUGUACACACAUAUACGCUCAUAUAUAAAAACAGUCAAGACUGAUAAGUGAAUAAUUGACAAGGUCAAAAUAUGACUCAAGUAGAAUGAAUAGAAUGGAAUGUCCGAAAACUAGAAUAUAAGAUACAUGGGCUUAAAAUAAUGACUGACACUAUAAGGUGUUAGCGUAUUGUUUUAAUGUGUUGGUUAUUAAAUGGCGGAAUCGAGUGCAAUGCUUUGUGACUAUGAUUCUUCAUUGCAGUCUUCGGAUGAUGGGAGUGUUGAAGAGACAAGAAGGAGUUCAAAGAGCCCUUUGAUAUCCCAGGAGGAAACUAAGAAUGCUGCUACAGUAAAAGAUGGGGUUCAACUCACUAUCGAAACAAAAAAGAACUCUUCUAUGGUUGUAUCUCCAUCACCUAGCUACAUUAUUGAUGGUAAACGUCGAUCGAGGAGUCGUGGACAUAGUCCUUCAAGGCGACACCGCAAACGAAGUUGUGCGCCCAGAUCUGAUCGCGGAAGUCCAAGUGAACGUGUGAGCUCUUCAAAACACAAACGUUCAUCCCACCAUUCGAGGCACAAACAUUCAUCCAGAAAGCAUCAUCACCGUGAUUCCCACUGUAGUGACUAUAAACAUCGUUAUCGCCGAAAGCAUCGACGCCACAGUUCAACUUCAUCUACCAGUUCAUCUAGUGAUACUAGCCCUGAAAGCAAACCUAGUCGGCGUGGAAGUCAUAAUGGUAGAAAUUCAACACAACUCCUCACAACAAGUUCCAAGGAUUAUUUCACUUCGCAACCGAAGCCAGAAAACCAGAACACUAACCUCAUUAUCUCAACGACGGGAGUCACCGUGACGACAAAUUCUCCGGCAGUUUCUAGUCAAAGUACUACGACGAAUGUUCCUGUGCAGCGGUUAACAGCUCAAGAUAUAUUAGACAAAAUACAAAAGCAUCAACAAGAGCAAGCCAAGGCUCAAGCAUUAGCCGCUGCCGCCGCCGCGAAGCUCCCGAAAUACUACAACCCAACCACUGUCAAUGCCGUCAAACUCGCGGAGCAACAACAAAAGCGCAAAUUAUUGUGGUCCAAAAAAGAUGGUGAAAACACUAGUUCUGUAAGUAAUAGUCUAUUUUGGAAAAUAAGGUUCAUCUUUGGUGUUUACUAAAUGUUCAUUGCGAACUACAAAAUCUUUAUUUCUAACCUAGGAAAGUAAAACUCUUUGGACAGCCACAUCUCUAAUUGCUGGAAAAGGUGAUUCUGCAGCUGCAGCUAAAUUUCGGAAAUUGAUGGGAAUUCAUGAUUCUUCUGAAGAAGUCGUGGACGGGAGUGCUGCUCAUGUCAAUGAAACUGAAGCUUUGCGUCGAGCUGAGGCGCAAGCUGAACUUUUCCGGCGACUGGAACACGAAUAUGAGAUGUCUCGUACCAUAACACAUACUCAGCGAGGCGCCGGUCUUGGUUUCAGUUCAUCCAGCCAUAUCGAUUACAAUGCAUACUCUGCUAUGCAAAGUGAAAAAGACAAAAACCCUAAUUUAUAAUUGUAUUUAUCUCACUAGAAAUCACUUGUACAGCUCACCGAUAUUUUAAAGAAUAAUUUACCUAAUUAUUUUCAAACAGUUCAGUCAUUUUUACUUAUCGUAAAUAACCAACGAUCAAAACUAAAUGUAUGAGGCUGAUGAAGAAAACUAAACCUUAAGUAGGUACUUUGUUAAAUGAUGUCAUAUACGCAAACUUAGUGUAGCACCGCAUAUAUUUCAGACAACUUAAAAGUAAUAUGGUUAAGAAGACUAAAUUGACUGAGGUAAAGUGAAGUACAGUUGAUAGUUUUUUUUAGUGUUAAAGAAUCAUUGCGGAAUAUAGCGCGGAUAUCUUAUCAAUUCAGACGUGAGACAGUAGCUGGACUGCUAAAGUAUCCAUACUUUCACCUGUUUGCUUGAAGGUUCCGACAACAAUGCAUUUAAAACUAAACAGCACGGUGGUACCAUUAAUUCUCACAGAUAUGUCAAUUAUGCUUAACAUUUAUCUAUAGAAGUAUUUAAUUUAUUUCCAUCCUUUUUUAGGUUUCAAAUAAUUUCGUAAAGGAGUGGGUCCAUAAAAACACCUUACUAUUAAAGCAUUAGAAUUUCUUAAUUAAAAGGUUUUCAUGAGACUAUAAUCAUCAACCGAUAAGUUUGUCUUAGCUACGGAUAUUCCUGUAAUUGGUCUAAAUGCAGUUAUCACGUAAAAGUGUUAGGCGGACAGUCGUAUUUGCGGAGGGCUUUUAGUGGGAAAAGGUAUUCACUGAAUAGGAAGGACAGUUAUUGCUAUCACAUAAGCACUGAUCUGGUACGAAUGACCACAUUCGAGCUGGUCCUCAAGUGCUUAAUUUUAUCUUUCAAUCGAACAAGUCACUUAGAAUAAUUAGAUUCAAAAUUUGGAAUUAAGAUCUUUCCAGUGUUGCCUACAUAGUAAAAGGUAAACCUACCAUCCAUGCAACUAAGCUUAAACAUUAUGGUGUUUUUUUAUCACAGAGCACCCGACCGUAGAUGCUACUUUGACGUGUUGAUCCAGCUUGCCUAUCGUGAUGAGUCAGCCGAGCUAUACUGGCUGGAACAUAUGUUCCUGUA